AAUCGGUACAAGAUGGCGGAGGGGGACGAGGCAGCGCGGAGGCAGCAGUCGCACGAGGGGCUGCGGCGCCGGAGGCGAACCAGCGACCCAAACACCGGGGUUAACCACGUCUCGUCCACAACCCUCCUAGGUGAGAAUUAUGAAGAUGAUGACCUAGUAAACUCUGAUGAGGUUAUGAAGAAACCAUGUCCAGUACAGAUUGUUCUUGCACAUGAAGAUGACCAUAAUUUUGAGCUUGAUGAAGAAGCUUUGGAGCAGAUAUUGCUACAGGAGCACAUACGAGAUCUUAACAUAGUAGUGGUAUCCGUGGCAGGAGCUUUUCGUAAAGGGAAAUCAUUUCUACUGGACUUCAUGCUUAGAUAUAUGUAUAACAAGGAUUCUCAAAGUUGGAUUGGUGGAAACAAUGAACCAUUGACUGGCUUUACGUGGCGAGGUGGUUGCGAAAGAGAAACAACAGGCAUACAAGUCUGGAACGAAGUGUUUGUGAUCGACAGACCUAAUGGAACAAAAGUGGCUGUGCUGCUAAUGGAUACCCAGGGUGCCUUUGAUAGCCAGUCAACUAUCAAAGAUUGUGCAACAGUGUUUGCUCUGAGCACUAUGACUAGCUCUGUCCAGGUAUAUAAUUUGUCUCAAAAUAUUCAAGAAGAUGAUCUUCAACACUUGCAAUUAUUUACAGAAUACGGCAGACUUGCAAUGGAAGAAAUCUACCAGAAGCCAUUUCAGACACUCAUGUUUUUGAUUCGAGACUGGAGUUACCCUUAUGAACAUUCAUAUGGUUUGGAAGGUGGAAAACAAUUCCUUGAAAAGAGAUUGCAGGUAAAACAAAAUCAACAUGAAGAGCUACAGAAUGUAAGGAAGCACAUUCACAAUUGUUUCUCAAAUCUUGGUUGCUUCCUUUUGCCACAUCCUGGUCUUAAAGUUGCAACUAAUCCUAGUUUUGAUGGGAGAUUGAAAGAUAUUGAUGAAGAGUUUAAACGAGAGCUUCGAAAUCUGGUUCCAUUGCUGCUUGCCCCAGAAAAUUUGGUAGAAAAAGAGAUAAGUGGAUCUAAAGUCACUUGUAGAGAUCUUGUAGAAUACUUUAAGGCUUACAUUAAAAUUUAUCAAGGAGAGGAACUUCCACAUCCAAAGUCCAUGCUUCAGGCAACAGCUGAAGCUAAUAAUCUUGCUGCAGUAGCAGGAGCAAGAGAGAUCUAUUGCAAAAGUAUGGAGCAGGUAUGUGGUGGGGACAAGCCUUACAUUGCACCUUCAGAUCUGGAGCGAAGACACCUGGAUUUCAAGGAAGUGGCAAUUAAACAGUUUCGUUCAGUAAAAAAAAUGGGUGGAGAUGAAUUCUGCCGUCGUUAUCAGGACCAGCUUGAGGCUGAAAUAGAAGAAACCUAUGCAAAUUUUAUAAAGCACAAUGAUGGCAAAAAUAUCUUCUAUGCUGCUCGUACCCCUGCCACACUAUUUGCAGUCAUGUUUGCUAUGUAUAUAAUCUCAGGACUGACUGGCUUCGUUGGCCUAAACUCUAUAGCCGUCUUGUGUAACCUUGUCAUGGGGUUAGCACUGACAUCUCUUUGUACUUGGGCAUAUGUUAAAUACUCUGGGGAGUUCAGAGAAAUUGGAACAGUGAUUGAUCAGAUUGCUGAAACACUAUGGGAACAGGUAUUGAAGCCCCUGGGUGAUAAUUUGAUGGAGGAAAACAUAAGGCAGUCUGUAACAAACUCUAUCAAAGCAGGCCUGACUGACCAGGUGUCUCAUCAUGCCAGAUUAAAGACAGACUGACAGUUCAUCUCCUCAUGGACUCCUCUUUCUUUUUUUCAUGCUUGCUGUACAAUGAGAACUCAAAGAUAAACCAAAGUUUACAAUCAACUGUAGAAGUAGUUUAGUAUAACUGGCUUCACAGAUGGCUGCCACAGAGUGUGAAAUUGUUUGUUGGUUUUAAGCAUUCUGUUCAUGGCUCCUAAAACAUGAAGACUGGCUGAGGAGCAUUAGUUUUCAUGCACACUUGUACCAUGUUUAAUUCUUUUUUUUCCCUUUUUACUUAAUCUAAUGUUAGUGAAAUUUGUCUUAUGUAAAGGAUAUUUCAGGGAAAUAUUUUAAGAAAUCUAUUUAGAGUCUCUUUAACACAGUGUCCCAUUGAAAUUUUAAUUUUUAGAGAAGUUAUGAAUCACUGUAUCAAGAAUCAGAUUGGAAUGACAAUGAAGCCUUUAUUGAGCCACGACAUUAAAAGUAUAUAUUGCUUUACUGCCUUCAAUACCAGUAUUACAUAAAUGCAUGUAUCAGAAACUUCACAGAAAUUACAUGACAAAUCUUAUAGCUAAGAAAGUGAUUCUGAGGUGUACAUUUGUCUUGCCUUUUUAAAUUUAUAAACCUGCCCUAAAAGGAGAUGCAUAUCUGGGAAACUGAACUGUCUUUAUGCAGUUUAGCCUUCAUGUACAUAAAAUAUGCCGUUAAUUUAUUGGGGGAGAAAUUCCAUCCAAAAAUGUUGCCUACAGCUAUGAGUUAAGAGUGUCUAUACAGUGUGUAGCUUUUAUUUUCUAAAAUCACAGGUAGGGCAUGUAUAUGAAUUAUAAAUAUAUAAAUACGAUUUUGUAUUAAAAGUUUUGUAGUUUAUGACAAAAUCUGGUUCUGUGGUAGGCUAAUGAGUACAGUCCCUGUGAAGGAAUGUUUGUGGCUCAUGUCAGUGUGUGAAUGCAUAGACAAUUUGAAGUUUUUGAUAUAUUUGUGAUAUUUAUCUUGAGCACUGCAAUCUCACCACCCUCCCCCCACCCCCUCCCCCCAAGGGAAUUCAAUGGGAAUGUUUAUCGUGACUUUGUCCUCUGUUGCAUUUUAAAGUUCCUUCCUGUAAUUUAUUUUCAGUACAUAAUUAAAAAUUUGUAUAUAUAAAAUGGAACUUGUGAUUUUUUUUAAGGAAUUCUUCCAAUAUGUAUUCCAUUACAUAAACCUAUUUGUUUAUACUGAAAAGAGCAUGAGUGGGAAACACCCAAGUGAGAGCUGUAAGGUAUCGUACCUCAUACCUCGAAUCUAAGCUUGUAAAAAGUUAUUUUUCUGUGUCUGUCUCUGUUAGGGAAAACUUGUGAUUAGCCUAGGGGAUUUAUUAAUUUUGUUUCUCUCUUUUUUGUGGUGUAUGUAAGGCUAACAUUCUGUAAUACUUUUGUAGCCUUUUCUAUGAACACCUAUUAAAGCGUCUAGUUUGGUUUUUAAGUGAAGAGAACUCAGAUGUUGAGUUGCAUGGCCGAAAGCUCUAAAUUUACUUUGGUUGAUAUACCUGCCUCCUGCUUCAAAUCCUGUUUUUAUAUGGAUUGUAUUUGUUUCCAUCUGUAUUAAACUGCUACCAACUCAUCUGUUCUUAAACAGAAUCCACCUGAAAUGUGUCUCUUUUUAUUUCUUUUACCACCCUAUUUUAUGAAUGCUGUAGACUGUUUUUAUGAA